AUAUACUAUAUUCUGACAACAAUUGAUCAUUCAAACUAUUUCGUCAAUAUAAUAUAUUCUUUUUUUUUUUUAUUUUAGGCUUCUACUAGUAAUGAAGAAAAUAUAAAUGACAAAAGCAAUGAUGAAUCGAAUGGACAUGAUUUAACUUUUUAUGUCGAUCCUAUAAUAGCAAGUUUGGAUAUUAGAAAAGUAUUGAUGACAACAUGCUCAGGCAAAGGACCAGCAAUUGUUGAGUAUUUUGAAAAAACUCAGAAAUUCAAAAAAGGAGAUUCAAAGAAGGCAACACGUCGGUUAAUAGGUUUUUACAUAACACAAUAUAUUAUUACAAAAAAACAGAAAUUUUCCUGUUAUGACAAAAAGCAUUUGUCUGACAAAAUCGCAAAAUUAUUUCCUUGUGAAGAUUCCAACUUUUGGUACACAUUAGAUGAAGAAGGAAAUGGACCUGGUGGUUAUUUCCAGAAUUCGAUUAAAAAUCAGAGACAUAGAAUAAAACAAGAAAGAGCAGUUACACCACCACUUAAAGAUGAAAUUCAACCAGUUGAUGAAAAUGUUACAAAAUCUGUGGAUUAUUUAAGCAGUCAUCCCGAUUGUUUACCAUGGAAUAAAGUUGAAAAAGCAUGGAAUGUCAGUAGAAUUAUGAGGAGAAAAGAUCUCGAUGCAUAUAGGAUAGAAACAAAAAAAUUGAAAAAAAACAUCAAAAAAACUUCUACUAACGUUCCCCUUUAUUCAAUCGAAGGCUAUAUUGAUAAGUGGAGUAAUUUAAAAAGUAAUCAAGGGCAAGAACUUGUAAAUUUGGAUUUUAAUAUAUGGUAUCCAGCAGCUGUUGAAUUCAAUGAACAUAAUUUCGAUAAUUUGUUAAAAAUUUUAAAAAUGAUUUGUGCUAAAAGAAAAAUUAAGAAGUGGAAUGAAGAAAUUAAUAAUGCUGAAAUAUUAAUUGAAAGUUCAGACAAUAUUGAUGUUGUCCUUGCUGCAAAGCUUCGUUUACUACCGAUGUUAGUUUCUCCACGAGGAAGAACAUCGUCAACAUCAAAAACAUCAGUUGAAAAAUGUGAAACUAGUAUAAUACUUCUAGUCAAGGAUUUUGCAGAAAUUGAUGAUGCAUAUAAAGAACGAGCAGCUGAGCUCAAAAAAUUAAACAAACCAUUGUCAGCAAUGUUAAUUAUCGUGGGAGAAAAUUGGAAAAACAUAAAUGGAGUUCACAUUUGUAUCAACCAUGUUCGCUGGCAAAUAAAGAAUUUAAUUGCUGCUUUUGACACCUUGUUUAAAACAUUUUAUGUUUUGGAAACAUUAUUCCCAAAAGAAAGCUCAGUCUUGUAGGGAAUAGUACCAAAAUAUAUAUUUAUAAAAUGGAAUCACCGACAGUAGAUCCCGGAGCUGCUGGCAUACUUGUCGAUAUAAAAAGAAUUUCCCACAAAAAUUUUAUUAAUGAACAACAGUUACAAGAAAGACAAGUAAAUAUUAUUAUUCAUUCUGAUGAUGACGAUAA